AUGGCCGGGCUGCUGAACAAGCUGCGUGCCUUUGCCAACGACCAAGACAAAGCGCGCAUAGCAGAACUGCUCGAAGCUGCCGACGAAGACAUUUCCGAGUCUCGUCAGACUCCGACAGUUUCCAAUCCCGAUACCAACGAUGAGGAGUCGACUAAAUCCGAAUACAUGAUCGAUGCCGACAUGGGCGAACCACUACAUAGACUGAAUGCCCCGUCGUUGGACCUCGUUGACGAGAACCUGCAUGAGACCGAUCAAGCGCGCGCCACAGGUUUUUUAGGGGCGAACUCGGAAGUUCAGUGGCUUCGUAGCUUCCUCCUGUUGGAACGAGGAUGCAGCCAUAUAACAACUUCCGAACGAGGCUCGUCAGCACGCUCUGCCAACAACGAGCAGGUGAGCGCCGUCACCUUCUACCUCGACAGUCGAAGGAUCGAUCCAGAGUUUCGUGUCGACCCGUACGAGCUUCCCACGGCCGACGCGGCUGAACAAUUGUUGAAUGUCUACAUGGAGAAAGUGCAUGACUCCUUCCCGAUUCUUCCACGAAAACUAUUUCAAGACCAAUGCCGGAAAUAUUUUGAUGCACUGAGACAAGGCGCAGCUCCAAGAUUGAGUUCGAAAUGGCAAGCGAUACUGAACUUGGUGUUUGCCAUCGCGGCGAAAUACUCUCAUCUCGUCAAGGCCAAUUGGCAGGCAGAUGAACGGGACCACCUCAUAUACCAAGCAAGGGCACACGCGUUUGCAUGGAACGAAUCCACACUUGGACAGCACCCUGACUUGCCACAAAUCCAAGUGGCUGGUCUGCUGGCCUUCUAUUACCUGUCGGUCGGGCAGGUCAGCCGGUAG